AACAUGCUGCGAUUAAGUCUCUCACCCACCUUUUCAAUGGGAUUUCAUCUGUUAGCCAUCGUGGCUCUCUUAUUUUCCCAUGUGGACCAUGUAAGCACUGAGACAGAAAUGGAAGGAGAAGGAAAUGAAACUAGUGAAUGUACUGGCUCAUAUUACUGUAAGAAAGGGGUGAUUUUACCCAUUUGGGAACCACAAGACCCUUCUUUUGGGGACAAAAUUGCUAGAGCUACUGUGUAUUUUGUGGCCAUGGUCUACAUGUUUCUUGGAGUCUCUAUCAUAGCUGACCGGUUCAUGUCCUCUAUAGAAGUGAUCACAUCUCAAGAAAAAGAAAUAACCAUAAAGAAACCCAAUGGAGAGACCACCAAGACAACUGUGAGGAUCUGGAAUGAGACAGUUUCUAACUUGACCUUGAUGGCCUUGGGGUCUUCUGCUCCUGAGAUUCUCCUUUCAGUAAUUGAAGUGUGUGGCCACAACUUCACUGCGGGAGACCUUGGUCCUAGCACCAUUGUGGGAAGUGCUGCGUUCAAUAUGUUCAUCAUUAUUGCACUUUGUGUUUACGUGGUCCCUGAUGGAGAGACAAGGAAGAUUAAGCAUUUGCGUGUGUUCUUUGUGACAGCAGCCUGGAGCAUCUUUGCCUAUACCUGGCUUUACAUUAUAUUGUCUGUCAUCUCUCCUGGCGUUGUGGAGGUCUGGGAAGGUUUGCUUACUUUCUUCUUCUUUCCCAUCUGUGUUGUGUUCGCUUGGGUAGCAGACAGGAGGCUUCUGUUUUACAAGUACGUCUACAAGAGGUAUCGGGCUGGCAAGCAGAGGGGAAUGAUUAUUGAACACGAGGGAGACAGGCCGUCUUCCAAGUCUGAAAUCGAAAUGGAUGGGAAAGUGGUCAAUUCUCAUGUUGACAAUUUCUUAGAUGGCGCUCUGGUUCUGGAGGUCGAUGAGAGGGACCAAGAUGAUGAAGAGGCAAGGCGGGAAAUGGCCAGGAUCCUGAAGGAACUUAAGCAGAAGCACCCAGAUAAAGAAAUAGAACAAUUAAUAGAAUUAGCUAACUACCAAGUCUUAAGUCAGCAGCAAAAAAGUAGAGCAUUUUACCGUAUUCAAGCUACUCGCCUGAUGACUGGAGCUGGUAACAUUUUAAAGAGGCAUGCAGCUGACCAAGCAAGGAAGGCUGUUAGUAUGCACGAGGUCAACACAGAGGUGGCUGAAAAUGACCCUGUUAGUAAGAUCUUCUUUGAACAAGGGACAUAUCAGUGCCUGGAGAACUGUGGUACUGUGGCCCUGACCAUUAUUCGCAGAGGUGGUGAUUUGACCAACACUGUGUUUGUUGACUUCAGAACAGAGGAUGGCACAGCCAACGCUGGGUCUGAUUAUGAAUUCACUGAAGGAACUGUGGUCUUUAAGCCUGGUGAGACCCAGAAAGAAAUCAGAGUUGGCAUUAUCGAUGAUGAUAUCUUUGAGGAGGAUGAAAAUUUUCUCGUGCAUCUCAGCAAUGUCAAAGUAUCUUCUGAAGCUUCAGAAGACGGCAUACUGGAAGCCAAUCAUGUCUCUACACUUGCUUGCCUUGGCUCUCCCUCCACUGCCACUGUGACUAUUUUUGAUGAUGACCACGCAGGCAUCUUUACUUUUGAGGAAGCUGUGACUCAUGUGAGUGAGAGCAUUGGCAUCAUGGAGGUGAAAGUAUUGAGAACAUCUGGAGCUCGAGGAAAUGUUAUCGUUCCCUACAAAACCAUUGAAGGGACUGCCAGAGGUGGAGGAGAGGACUUUGAGGACACUUGUGGAGAGCUCGAAUUCCAGAAUGAUGAAAUUGUCAAAACAAUAUCAGUCAAGGUAAUUGAUGAUGAGGAGUAUGAGAAAAACAAGACCUUCUUCCUUGAGAUUGGAGAGCCCCGCCUGGUGGAAAUGAGUGAGAAGAAAGCCCUGUUAUUGAAUGAGCUUGGUGGCUUCACAAUAACAGGAAAAUACCUGUACGGCCACCCUGUCUUCAGGAAGGUUCACGCUAGAGAACGUCCGAUUCCCUCUACCGUAAUCACCAUUGCAGAGGAAUGUGAUGACAAGCAGCCGCUCACCAGCAAAGAGGAAGAGGAGAGGCGCAUUGCAGAAAUGGGGCGCCCUAUCCUGGGAGAACACACCAAGUUGGAAGUGAUCAUUGAAGAAUCCUAUGAGUUCAAGAGUACUGUGGACAAACUCAUUAAGAAGACAAACCUGGCCCUGGUGGUUGGGACAAACAGCUGGAGGGAACAGUUCAUUGAAGCUAUCACUGUCAGUGCUGGGGAAGAUGAUGACGACGACGAAUGUGGGGAAGAGAAGCUGCCCUCCUGUUUCGAUUACGUGAUGCACUUUCUGACUGUGUUCUGGAAAGUCCUCUUUGCCUUCGUGCCCCCUACAGAGUACUGGAAUGGCUGGGCGUGUUUUAUUGUCUCCAUCCUCAUGAUUGGCCUACUGACAGCUUUCAUCGGAGACCUGGCUUCCCACUUUGGCUGCACCAUUGGCCUGAAAGAUUCCGUGACUGCAGUCGUGUUCGUCGCACUUGGAACUUCGGUGCCAGACACAUUUGCCAGCAAAGUGGCAGCCACCCAGGACCAGUAUGCAGACGCCUCCAUAGGUAACGUCACUGGCAGCAACGCGGUGAAUGUCUUCCUGGGAAUCGGUGUGGCCUGGUCCAUCGCUGCCAUCUACCACGCGGCCAAUGGGGAACAGUUCAAAGUGUCCCCUGGCACACUAGCUUUCUCUGUCACUCUCUUCACCAUAUUUGCUUUCAUCAAUGUGGGGGUGCUGCUGUAUCGGCGGAGGCCAGAAAUUGGAGGUGAGCUGGGUGGGCCCCGGACUGCCAAGCUCCUCACAUCCUGCCUCUUUGUGCUCCUGUGGCUCUUGUACAUUUUCUUCUCCUCCCUGGAGGCCUACUGCCACAUAGAAGGCUUCUAA